UCUCAGCAGAAUACUGCACUGCUUCUUGCUAGUGGGCAUACUACUAUUGCUAACACUAGGACUUGUAGAUUCUUCCUCGAUUUAUCACUGUUACAAGUACUGUAGAGCUACAAAGAACAUUCGCCAGGAGUUGGUGUGCCACUACUUCGCUGGUCACGAUUCCGAUAUCUCUGCACUAGCUGCUAUUUCUAAAAUGUUUGCAUUGUCAAUUUUCGGCGAGUCAAGAUGAAACUUCAGGUAGUCGGUAGGUGCAGUGGUUUGAUACACUCUCGCUUUCUCUAUGGUACCAGUCAGGUACGCAGUGGCGAUGGGACAUCGUCAACCAGCGCGGCGGGAUCGGAUGGAACUGUAGUUGGUUCUGGUUCAGACGUUCCGAAACGUAUGGUGUCGACCCAACGACGGUUGAUCAGCUUCAAGCAGCGACCUGUCAGGGUAACAAGCAUACAGCGUAGUACCGGCAGUAACCAUGGUGAUAUUGGUAUUCACACGGAUCAUAGUUUGCAAAGGAAUACAUCAGCACUUGCUGCGAGGCACCAAUCACUGGCUCGUGUCCUUGACGAAGAGGAGAAGCGUCUAGCAAAGGUCACUACUCAGGCAGCAAUACUGGAGAAGUACUGUGGAAGCAAGGCAUAUGCACCGAUCAUACCAAUCAAGCCAGAGAGGAAACUUCUAAAACGACCGAGAAUAGAACGUGAUCUUCUGGGUACGUUCAGACCUGUGAGGCAGAGACGCAGUUCCAUUGUGCAAGUGGAUGAUCCAUACUUUACACAAGACAAAAUUGUCCACAAUCGUCAGAUACCGAUCACAACUGAACAGAGGCAAAUGCUGAAGAGCGAGCAGAUUUUCUACAUUCCGGAUGAAAUAGACUUGAAGAACUUACCUCCAUUCCUGAACAAAAACCCAGUUGAACACUUUCUUCAUAUGAGAAUUCUGGCAGGUCUGAUUUUCUGCACUCUUAUGGUUGUAUGGUACACAAUAUUUAUAGAAACCGACAAGUUUGCCGACGACCUGAAAUGGUUGCGAGACAUAUACCAUGAAUUUGUGAGGAAGCAGUUUCCUGUGGACUUUCUGAAUGAAGGCGUGCUGGAAGAGUUCAAGGAGCGCGAGCAGACAGCACUGGAGGCACACAUGAACACUCCCGAUCAAGUGGCAAAGCGACUAGAGAAGGAGAUCAAGCAAGCACAGGAGGAGUACACCGUCACAGUGAAGUACUCCUACCCGCCAUCACCAACUGAUCCUUUACUCUCAACUCCAAGGUGAACGAGCAUAGAGACAAUGGCAUGCUCAUGGAGAAGAUACUGUUCAGUGUGACCAGCACUGUGACCAGCACUGUGACUUACGUACGCUGUGAGCAGCAGUCAGUUUUACCUGUACACAGCCUUGCUGCUACCCAUCACCAAGACUUAGUAGUGUUCUUAUCUGCUAAAGGGCACAUGUGCAGUGCUUCCAUUAACAGCUUCCAGGACUGAUCCAAGGACGGAUUCCAGCCAUCCCGCUGCUGUACGGUACACGAGCAGCAUAUUGAACAGGGUUACUUUGGAGCUAAGGACAGACGGAGAGCGCAACCUACCAAACUAAGUGCCAGCAUCAUCCACCCUGCUUAGUCAAUCCUAUUCAUUGACACGUGUAGCUGUCAUGUAGCAUGGAAAGGCCUUCCCGGCAGCUUAUCUUAAUCUCAAUGUAACGCCCUAUUCUCAUUGGCAUGGCAAAGAUUAAGUGCCAUGUUGUCUCUCUUGUAUGAAAGGCCUGCCCAGUCUCCCUUGAAUUCCACGGCAAAGUGUGAGAACGUCAGCGGCUAAAACAGUAGACAGUAAAUUCUGCUACAAUUCUGCAAGGGACCUUGUGGGCAUGAGAACAGCUAUUACCUGCAAACCCACACUAAACCUGAUUGUCAUUUUAAAUUCCAUGCUUCUAUUUUCGUCUGAUGAUUGAUUCAGUUCGUGAAACUCAGAGUUACGAAAAACAA